AAUGACACUCCCUGUGAAGGUGGAGUAUUUUUCUUGACCAUUCACUUCCCAACAGAUUAUUCCUUCAAACCACCGGUUGCGUUUACAACAAGAGUCUGUCACCCAAAUAUUAACAGUAAUGGCAGCAGCAUUUCGCUUGAUAUUCUGCAGUCACAGCUGUCUCCAGCACUGACUAUUUCAAAAGUACUUUUGUCCAUCUGUUCUCUGUUGUGCUAUCCCAAUCUGGGUGAUCCUUUAGUGCCUGAGAUUGCAAGGAUCUACAAAACAGGAAAGUACAGCAGAAUAGCUUUGGAGUGGACUCAGAAGUAUGCCAUCUAG